CUUGGACGAAUUUUACCAUUUGUUUUGGGCAAGCAAAAUGGGGAAAACCGCCUCCUUCAACCUAUGUUACUUAGUCCCUUGCAGGAUGCGAGGCUAAAGCAUAUAAAGCAGAGGCUUGUAGUGCCAUUUGAUGGCACUUUUGUAGAGCAUCAAGAUGCACUUAGACAACUUUGGAGGUUAUCUUAUCCCGACAGAGAACUCCCAUCUCUCAAGUCGGAAGCUUGGAAAGAGAUGGGUUGGCAAGGAUUUGAUCCUUCAACAGAUUUCAGGGAUGAAGGAUUCAUAUCAUUGGAGAAUUUGAUCUUCUUUGCCAAGAAAUAUCCGGUCCGUAUUUUGUUGAGUUGUGCUUAUUCUCAUCUAUCUCAUCGGCUAUGGUGGACGUGCAUUGCAUGAAGACUAUUAUCUUCUUCUGUUUUUUAUAUUUUAGUCUUUGAGCGUUUUUAUUAGUAGACUCGUGUUUUGCUUUGUUAUUUUGGUUUUUGCAUUUUAUUGUGAAAGGACUUUUCUGUCCUUGUCAUCUAGAACUCGAGCUAAGGGUUUUUAUCUCUGUACUCAACACAUUUUUCAUUUAGAGCUAAGAACAUAUUGAGAAAAUG